UUCAGUACAGAUUCAUCACCCAUGUGCGCAAGAUAUACAGUAGGUGGCGGUAAUACUCCUAAGGAAUGAACGGCCAUUGAACAAAAAGAAGAAGAAGAAGAAGGGUAGCUGUUAACGUGUCGUGCAUGCUGAUGACAAUAAAAAUUAUAACUACAGGCUGUUUGGUUCGCGAGCACGACGAUUAAUAAACAGUCUCUGUUUACAUCCAUACACUAUCAAAAUAGUGUAUAUUUUUGGAGCAGCUGGUCACAGUAAAGAGCGACGCACAAGCCAGCACAUUUGAAGAUGUCUGUAACGGAGAUGUUUAGCUACAUCCAAGGAUUUUUGAGUGCUGAUCAAGAUAUUCGAGAGGACAUAAGAAAAGUUGUCCAAGUUCUGGAGCAGACAGCGAGAGAGAUCCUCACUGUUCUUCAAAGUGUCCAUCAACCAAGUGGUUUCAAAGACAUUCCCAGCAAGUGUUUGAAGGCGAGAGAGCUGUUCUGCACUGUAAGAAACCACACUGGAGAGCUGAAAACUAAGUUCCCUGUGGAACAGUACUAUCGGUAUCAUGAACACUGGAGAUUUGUUCUUCAACGACUUGCCUUCCUUGCAGCUUUUGUGGUAUACCUGGAAAGCGAGUCCUUGGUUACACGUGAGGAAGUGGCAAAAAUACUUGCCAUUGAAGUCGACAGAGAAAAAGGGUUUCAUUUGGAUGUGGAAGACUAUCUUGCAGGAGUUCUUAUUUUGGCCAGUGAGCUGUCGAGGCUGGCAGUGAACAGCGUGACCGCAGGUGACUAUGGACGUCCGCUUAGGAUCUCAAACUUUAUCAACGAACUUGACUCUGGCUUUCGGUUGCUCAACUUAAAAAACGACCCUCUUCGCAAGCGCUACGACGGCCUCAAGUACGAUGUGAAGAAGAUCGAGGAGGUGGUGUACGAUCUCUCAAUCCGAGGCCUUGCUAAGGAGCAGGAGGCUGGAGGAGAUAAGUAGAGGCGGUGUGGGAACGCAAGAGGCUGCGGGGCACUACCCUGGCUGAGAUUCUCCACGACUAGAAGAGUGGUUAAACCUGUGCGAGCAGGUGGUCGGAGGAAGAGGGGAGGGAAUGGAGGUUUUAAAGCCCCAGCAGCCUUGGGCGGUAUCUUUUAAGCCACCUGCCCACCAUGACCGAGAUCAGUUCAGGUUUUAGUGGGGAGAUCUUCUCUUUCUCACUUUUUUUGAGAGAUGCCUAUGUACAGAUGCAUUUGUUUGCCUGUUUUUUUUUCUUUGUUUGAUUGUAUGCUUUUUUAUUAUUGUUGAUGUUUUUGUCUCGGCCAUGUCUCUUGUGAAUCAUUGUGCAGUCAAACAAGAAGGAAAAAAACUUUUUUUUGGGUGAGAGAUACUUAGAAAUGCUGUUAAAAAACGAAGUUCUGUGCCUGUUUUGUGGCUUUAUGUCCAGUUGAGUCAUCAAGAUGUUUUCUUGAUGUUAAACUACAUAAAUAUUACAUUUUACACACACCUAUGCUCAUUGAUUUAUUAGAUUGGGUUUUGUACGCAAGCACUUUUGUUGAAUGUAACAGUUCAAAUCACGUUAAUGGUAUCUUGCCAAGGUGUACAUGGAGAUAAAUUUGAAAACCUGUGCCAAAAUGUUUAGUUUCAUGCCGUAAUACAUAUUAAAUCUUUAAAACAUCUAGUGGAUUCCUUAACCACUGGUUUGCUGUUGGUACAUAUUUAUACUUUCAUGUAUUUCUCCAUUAAAAAGACCGUUCAUACAGUAAUUAUUAUUUACUCACCCUCAUGUCACUCCAAACCUGUCUGA